AUGAAAUCUGUCUAUUUUCUUUUCCUCUCUGUCGCUUUGAUUCUCGCCAAUCUUACGCCAUUCGAUGCCUCUCCUCUCGAAAAAAGAUGGAAUAAGCCAUGUUGCCCUGUUUCUAGAUGUGUAUUUACGCAAGGCGACAUUCCCGCGGUUGCGCCUCCUGGAUUUGCUGGCAACACGUUUAAUGGGUAUCUCCAAUUUGUGCAAUCGCCCAGACCCACCCUGCAAAUCGACGGCAUUAUAAAUAUCUUUGGUACAGUAAACGGGCCAAUUGAAGGUGUCUAUGAUGUUCACGUGGCCGAUUGCAGCACAGCCAACACCACUACGCCUGGAGAUCCCGCCAUUCUCGACUUGGACUUUGCAAGUUUCAACCAGCCAAUCUUUUCAGCGUCAACCGUAUCGAUCGCCGACAUCCAAAACCAGUGUUGCUUUGUCGUGGACGAAUUUUCAACUAACGAGAGAAUUCUUGGAAUUGCGCCAGUAAUUCCUGUCGUAGACUGCGCAAAUAUUACUAGCAGUCCUGUUCCUACUGUUACCGCUGGUCCCAGCAACCCAUCAUCUUCACCUUAA